GUAACGCGGCAGUAGCCAAAACAAAUUAUGUUCAUGUGAAGGACGAGUUUGAAAAUGACAACGAAAAAGAAAACAUGUAUGGUGAUAGUCCUCAACCGGACGACGAAUUUAAUUUGGACGAGGUUUUGCGUUUGGGUGGAAGCCGACUUCCCUUCAAGAUUCAGAUGAGAUGGAGGUUCCACACACAAGGCCAGGUUCUAAAAAGAGGAAGGAAUCAGAGGAUCUUGACUUCAGUGGUUCUUUAGGUUCCAAACCAGGGAAGGAAAGGAGGAAACAGCCAUGUUGGCAUCUGCUGAAGAGUUUGUGUAUAUGUUGGAUGAAAAUGCUGGUUCUAAGUUUGACAACAUUGGCGUGAAUGCUAUGGCCAACAAAGACAAAGCAGGUGUCAGGCAGCUCAAGUGGGAAGCCCAGAGAGACGACUGGGUCCGUGGCAGAGACAUCAAGACACUACUGAAGAAGAAGGCCAUGUUUAACAAGAAGAAACAGUUUGGCAAACCAAGGGCUGGCAAAAAGACUAUCAAGAAGAAGUAAUACUUUCUGGACCUAAGAUUACUUAUGUUUGUGUUCACACACCUUUAUUCCUUCUUGGACCAAUCUUCGAGGUCUUUCUCUCGAAUCCCAUAAACCCCAGCAUAUUCGUUGGACUUGUAAUAAACUGGAAAGAGAGUGAUAGUCUCUCAGCAUUCAACACAUUUAAUCACAUGAUGAUGGUUCAGUGGGCAGCAUGUCCACUGUAGCAAAAUGUUUUGCAACUGUUUCCACUGAGGCAAUACACCGGUAUAUUCAUUAAUCUAACUCUGUUGCCAGUUCCAGGUUGUACUGCCAAUCAUUGGAGAAACGACUAAAUACCUGUGAAAUGAUGUAUUCUCUGUAUAGCUAUUUUAACUCUGUAUUGUAUUUUGUAUAGGUUUAUACAAGAAAUACAAAAUGAAAACAGUAUACUAGGAGAUGGUUUGCAGUAAUUGUAACUGGGGGGAAUAGUGUAAUAAUAUCGGCUGAUUUCAUUGCUGUGCAGCUUGGAAUUGAGGACCGAUUCCUCCAGUUUGUGUGUGUUUUGAACUGUCUACAGCCUUUACCUUCCAGGACAGAGGGAAGCAUGUUGUUCAUUCUGUUCCUGAAAUCUAAAAACAGAAAAUGUUGUUACAAAGGUGUACAUAGCCCAAGGUAGAGUCCAUGACGUCCUUUCUAUAUAAAAUUAAAAUAAUACCUUGA